AUGGCAGACGGGUCGCGCUGGGAUAGGAACCGUUUCUACAGACCUCCGACCACACCUGAACUGGCUAUACCAAUGUCUAACAACGUCACGUCACAAGUUGCUUUCAUUUCAUCGAAGGUCUCUUGUGUGCGGUCAUUCAAGUAUAAAGACCUGAUCACUGUUCGAUGCUCCACUGGUUCCAUUUUCACACUUUACUGCACCUUUACCGCUAAUGGUGAGUAUAUACUGUAUAUACUGGAAGUACACACACAAGUACUAAGCAGGAGCCCCCUUUCCCCCCUGCCUAACCUGACCAAUGAUCACAGGUACGGCGUUCGGAUCAACCCCCUGUCUUGGCUCGGGUGGCUGGCCAGUGAGCAGGUCAACGAUUCCUAUUUCCACACCCCGCUUUUUCUCUUGGCCACCAAUAUCCACAUUCUGUUUGCCUUCUUCCUUGAACACCUCCUGGCGAGGGAUGCGAUCCCAAACAACCUCGGUGCCUACAUCCAUGCCACUCACCUCACCACAAUCCUCAGCAUCCCUAUAGUGAUCCUGGGUCUGUGGACAGACCUGUUCAGCCUGCUGGGCAGAACCAUCAUCUGUGCAGUGUACACUGUACUCUUCCUGAAGCUGUGGUCCUAUGCACAGGUCAAUCACUGGUGUCGGUCUGAGAGAACGUGGAAGAAAAAAUUCUCACGCCGCAGGAGUUUCUCUUUCCAAAAAAUGUUACGAAAGGAAUAUGCCGAAAAGAUUGACGAACAGGAGGAAGAAGCAGCAGCUCUUAACCUGCAGCAGUAUCCUGAAAACCUGACCUUAGGUGACCUGUACUACUUCCUGGUUGCACCAACGCUAUGCUACGAACUCAACUUCCCAAGGAGUCAAAGAAUUAGGAAAAGAUUUCUGCUGCGUCGUAUCCUGGAGGUUGCAGCAAUCACGAACAUCCUCCUUGCAAUGUUCCAGCAGUGGAUUAUCCCCAGUGUGCGCAACUCUUUCCAGGCCUUCUCUGACCUUGAUUUCAUAAGGUGUGCUGAACGGCUGUUGAAACUAGCAAUCCCUAACCACAUCCUAUGGCUCUGCUGGUUCUACCUCACAUUCCACUCUUUCUUGAACACGCUUGGAGAGUUGUUGCGCUUUGCUGACCGUAACUUCUACCAAGACUGGUGGAAUGCCAAGGAUGUGGGCACCUUCUGGCGGCUGUGGAACCUCCCUGUUCACAAGUGGGCAGUCAGGCAUAUUUUUGUUCCCAUGGUUAAAAACAAAUACAAGAAAUCUACAGCCUCCAUUGUGGUCUUUGUGCUGUCUGCUGUUUUGCACGAGUAUUUGGUGUCCAUCCCACUCCACAUGUACAAAAUUGGGGUGUUCCUUGGCAUGAUGGUGCAGGUACCCCUAGUAUACAUCUCAACAUGGGUAGAAUCACGCUUUGGGCAGCGAUGGGGAAACAUGAUAGUGUGGGCUUCCCUUAUCCUGGGUCAGCCGUUAGGCAUCAUGGUAUACUACCACGAUUAUGUCGUUAAAACAUUUGAGCCCAGUAUGUUAGAAAUUUAGUAAGUUUAACUGACAUAUGUAUAUUUUUUACAAUUUUCUUAUUGGUGCAUUAUAUUAACAAGUAGGAUUGUGUACAUAGAAUUAUGGCUGUGUGUGUGUGUGUGUGUGUGUGUGUGUGUGUGUGUGUGUGUGUGUGUGUGUGUGUGUGUGUGUGUGUGUGUGUGUGUGUGUGUGUGUGUGUGUGUGUGUGUGUGUGUGUGUGUGUGCGUGCAUGCGUGCGCGUGUGUGCGUGCGUGUGCGUGCAUGUGUGUCCACGUUUGUCUGCAUGUGUCUGCGUGUGUGUGCAUACGUGCAUGUGCAGCACAUUAUGUAUAUGUUGGGUAAAACUUCCUCGUGCAAGGAUUCUGCCUCAGUAGGAAUUGAGAAUAUUUGUUAAUGAUCAAGAAACAUUCCAGUCUACUUAGGGGUUAAACCUUAAGAUAACAUUCCAUAUAAAUGCACCAAUACUCAGGUAUAUUCUAAUCAGAACAAAAGUUUUAUACUUAUUUAAGACAAAGAUUUUGUUGCACUAGAAAGUAUUUGGUCAAACUUAGGUUCAUCUUAUUAUUAUUAUCAUAUAAAUUAGCUGUCCAGCCACGUAAACAACUGUGGAGGUACAUGGAUUUUUUGAGAGCAUACAGCAGAUGACAUAAUAUUUUGAUAAUUGUACUUAAAUGCUUAUUUAUGUGUGUCUUCAUCCUGCUUACAGGAUUUCUGUGCCAUUUUAGUUUGGAAUAAUAAAGAUUGUCAUUCUAAAAGCUCUAUGGGAAAUGUUCAGGCCAAGUAGGGUUCUGUUUACAAACACAAUGAUGUAUGACUUGGGUGUUAAUUAUUUUCAUGUAAUUCCUUUACUUAACUCAUUACUGAUGGGGAAAAUGAAUAAAAAAUGGGGAAAAUGCUGUGCUCAUUUUUUAUAUUUUUUUGUAAAAUGUCUCUACACAUUGAUGGUUCUGCCUUACCUGAUUUCACCUUUCCUUGAAUUGGCGGGAAAAUGUAUUUUUUACUAGUGCUAUGAAUAUCAAUGGUGUUAUUUUUACUAUGAACAUUAUAAUUAUGAAAAUGUUAAAACAUUAAUAAUAGCAGAAUAAGAUAAAGUAAAAUAUUCUUGAAAAUUAAAGAAAAGGGUGAACAGGUGAGACAGGUAGUACUCGUAAUUGGCUCAUUGCUGAUUUAGUACAAGUGUAGCCAUCUAUGUGUAAAAACAAUCAUAUAAGUAAACUCACAGUGGGCAUGGCAUGGGAUGACCUUUGGCAUUGGGUUAAGGCUGCUCCUAUUAUAUGUACUUGCAGUCACAUAUUUCCUCCCUUCCUUUCUCCUUCUUUCUUUCUCCCUCCUUCCCUCCUGUAAAUGUGUUUCAUUUGCCCUUAGCAAGAAGUAAUAAGAGGCAUGAAGAGUAUUGUUUAAAUCUGAAAGUAACUGACUUGCAAACGUUUAUUAACAUAAUGGGUCUGGCUGGUAGCUGAAAUGCUCUCCUUCAGUUAUCUUUUGAGAACUAGCAGGUAUUUUCUAUAAUAUAUAAAUAAACCUUUAAACAGCUUGGGCAUUUUGUACUACUCUGACAUUCACAUGGUAAUGUAAUGCUGUCAGUCACUGAUAGUUCUUAGAAACCAAAACUUUUGUGGUUAUACUUGACUGUCUUUGUGUAUGUUUAUCCUAUCCAAGUGUGUGUUGUGUGUUUGUAUUUCAUCCAUGUGAUUCCAGCUCAAAGUCCUAUCAAAGUGAUACUAGUAUGUAAACAGUUUCACAUGGUAAAUACAAGAUUAUCUUAUUGUUAUACUGAACCAGGGUGAAAGUGUAUUUUAAAGAGUUUUAAUUUUACUCUGGCUUAUAAUUAUUGAAAAUACUGUAAAUUUGUUGUUACAAAAAAAAGAAAGAAAAAAAAUCCUUAUUUCAUUUUACC